AUGCCUAUCCGUCCGGCAACGUGGGCAGAUCUCAAGCCAGGGGCUCGUACCGCUGCGCUGGCCUUUUGGGAAGACGAGCUUCAUGGCGCACGCUUACAUCCCCAUCGAUCCAAACAUCCCAAAAGCUUCGAGCGAUUCUUCUUACACCACCUGCGCGAGAGUUACUUCGAUGCCGGCACUUAUGUCUGGGUCUCUCAUCCUGAGCAUCACCCUGAAAAGCUCACUGGAAUGACCGUAUAUACGCGCACCGGGGACGGCGGCAAACGCCUGCAAGCCCGCCAAUCCUGGCUACACUGGCUGAUGAAUCGAUUGAUACGUCCAAUCUACCACAAGAUCGCUUGNCUCAUUCAUCCAAACAACGCUGCCGAUGCUGCAGGCUGGAGAGACAUGGAAAACUCCUUUCCGACUAUGGAGCANAAAAGGCCAGGCUACGACGAGACAUGGGAUCUGGUGUUACCUUUCCAGGCACCUCAAUAUCAAGGUUGUGGAUACGGCACAGAGCUGGUCCGAUGGGGACUUGACCAAGCCAAAGAAGAAGGCAUUCGUGUCAGUUUGGUGAGCACGAAAGGGGCGGAAGGCUUUUACAUCCGACUGGGUAUUGAUGAACAUGUCGGAAAUGCUUUUGGGGGUGGAGAGAAGAAUUCUUUCUCCGACUCUGGUGGCGGAAAGAUUCGAUUCUCGAGAAAGUUCGACAAGGCAGUUGAAGAAGUCUAA